GUCUAAAUCAAUGCAAGCUGAAGAUUGACAUUUGGACUUUGAUUGAUUGCUGCUCACAACAUCGGGUCAAACAUGGGUCGCUACCUCAGCACCAACUCAUGUUCAAUUUCUUUGAACAAGACUUGGAGGUCAUACUGCAAAAUUAGGUACCUAAUGAGCCUUCUCAGAAAGCACCCUCGUCUCACUAAAGCACCACUCUGUCUGGACCUGCACGGAAAUUCACCACUGUCACCUCGUCAUCCUUCCACAUUUAUAAGAAAUGCUACUCUAAAAAGUUUAAAUCAAAAUGAUAGAGGCUCUACAUCUUACCUCUUCCUCAGAGAUUUUACCAAAGGAGUGAAACACCUUCAGGUUGUGCGUUUUUACUCCUCCUCAAACAGGAACACAUUCAAAGCUGAAGCUCCAAUUGGGAUCUUAGACGAGUCUCAGAGCAAUUUAAAUUUGAGCUCACUUGGAGCACGUCUUGGUCAAUCAUUUAACCGAUUGUCCAGACACAUUAACUAUUAUUUCAAGAACAGGGAAGUUUUACUGUCACCAGAAAAUGCCACUCUUAUUGUAGCGACUCCAGAGUACGUUGGCAGGUCACAGAGGCGAAGUCAAAGCCAUUGGGCAACAAGGGAGCGCAAAAAAACCGAGGGCAAACGGACAACGCAAACUUUGACGCGCGAGGAGGAACAGAAGAGCUCUGGAACAGCUUCUUCAGCACAUAAUUAUUCAGGACUGCAGCUUUUUCACAUCAGCUCUUUGGCGACAACAUUCGGUGAAAGCUACAGCUACGUUGCUAAUCACAUUAACACAGCCUUCUCUCGAGGUUUCGCAAUGGUUCAAACACAGGAGACAUCUGAAACAUUAUCUCCCACUAGAGGGACUACGAGGAGGCUAAAAAUGAGAAAAGUACCAAACUCUAUCAUCCUGAGCUCAAAAGAAGCUGAAAUCUCUCAAGGGACAUCUGAUGCUAAUCAGGUAGCUGCGGAGCCCAACAGUCCUUCGAGCAGCUGGGAGGAGGGUUAUCUUCAGUUGGCAAGACACAUCAAUAAAUACUUUGGUGCCAAAGUUACUGGUCACACGACGAAAGAACAGCUUCAGGUUGAAAAUAAUAGCACUUACAAAAAACACCUUUCAACAAAAUCUAACUCGCAAUCUCAAGUUCCCUCAUCACAACAGAAGCAAGAUGAACCUAUCGUCCCUGAAGGUGGAGGCCUUUUCCACAGCAGCAGUAAUGACACUAACUUUGGGGAGAACUUUUUCCAAAUGGCAGGUCACAUCAAUCAGUAUUUCAAGGGUCCAAGUGGAUCAGAAGAGGACAUUGAUAGAGAUCUCCUACUAGAGCUGGACCCUGGAUCUGCUACCCCAGAGGGACUGAAGAUUGUGACGCUUAUGGACUGCCUUCGCCACCCGACAAGUGCCAUCCCCGACUUGCUUGGCGCUUAUCUUAACCCAAGGGCCCAGACCAAGUCAACAUCUGCGAGAACUUCACCAGAGAGAAUAUUGAACAAAAAGUUUUUCUUGAGUCACAGGCGGGCAGAGGAAAUGACUCAACAAUUAAUUGGCGCUCUGGUACAGGCUUCUACUCCUGAAGCUCUGACUGCCUGUGUGGACACACUGAAUGAACAUCUCAUCCGUUACCCAUCAUGCAAAGCUGUAAUGUGGCAGGAGAAAAUAGCAGUCACACUGUUGAGAAAGCGACGGGCUCACAGAGAUAACCUGAUGCUUCAGAGCGCCUUGAGAGAAACUUUGGCGCUAAUCGGUUAUCUUGAUCCAGUCAAAGGUCGGGGAAUUAGAGUGCUCUCCAUUGAUGGUGGUGGCACAAGAGGUGUAGUUCCUCUGCAGUUGUUAAAGCUACUGGAAGCUCAGACGGGCAAAAAGAUCCACCAGCUGUUUGACUACAUCUGUGGAGUGAGCACGGGUGCCGUUCUAGCCUUCAUGCUGGGUCUGGCCCAUUUUUCUCUGGAGGAGUGUGCUGACAUGUAUCGUCGAUUUGGCUCUGAGGUGUUUCGACAGAACCCGCUGGUUGGCACCGUGAAGAUGGGGUGGAGUCACUCUUACUAUAACACAGAGACCUGGGAGACAAUACUACAAGAAAAGUUGGGAGAUAGAGUACUUAUUAAAACAGCCAGGAAUGAGAUGAGUCCCAAGGUUUCAGCAGUCAGCGCAGUAGUAAACUGGGGAACAAGUCCGAAAGCCUUUGUCUUUCGCAACUACAACCACAAACCAGGCUCUCUCAGUCGCUACGCGGGAGCCUCAGGCUGCCAGAUGUGGCAGGCAGUUCGAGCAUCAUCAGCUGCACCGGGAUACUUCCAGGAGUUCACCCUACAAAGUGACAUUCACCAGGAUGGAGGAAUUAUCCUGAACAAUCCCUGUGCCUUGGCUGUCCAUGAGAGUCGUCUGUUGUGGCCCAAUCAGCCCUUCCAAUGUGUGCUGUCCCUUGGCACGGGUCGCUUUGACAACGUGAAGAGGACACCUGCCACCUCCACUAGCCUGAGGGCCAAAAUCAGCAACCUGAUCAGCAGUGCCACUGACACUGAAGGGGUCCACACUCUUUUGGACGACCUCCUGGCCCCAGACGUGUAUUUUCGCUUCAACCCCAUGUUGAGUGCUUUGGUAUCCCUUGACGAGAGUCGGCCAAGGGCUCUGGACCAGCUGCAGAGUGACACCCAGAGCUACCUUGAGAGAAACAGGCUCAAACUGGCCAGGCUCUGUUUGGUGCUUGGAGCGGAGAGAUCAGCUGUGAGCAGAACUAAGGACUGGAUGAGUGAGAGGGCCUGGGAGGUGAAGCAGAGAUGGGUUUGAGUAGGUACAUUAUCAGACUUGUCUACACAGAUGAAUACAUUUACAGACUAUGACAAAAAGAAAAGAAACACCUUUAAAGUACAACAGCUAGUCCCUCUGCUGGCAUUUAAAGAUUUAAAGACAAAAAGAACAUAAAGAACCAGAAAACCUUUUUUAAGAAAAUGUUUCUUAAAAAAGUGUUCUGGUUCUUUUUGCCUUUAAAGUAUUAUCGCCCCUUAGUUUUACAGUAAGACCUGGCAGAGUGAUGGAAAACAAUGCCUGUGUGUAGAGAUAAAGUGGCAGAAUACAAUCCCGCAAAAAUUAAAUCCUGGAAACCAUUGGCAGUCAUCCACUUAUGAUUUAACAUUAAACAGAUAUCUGCAUAAAAGUGCAGCUAACAAUCUGCUCUUAGUCGCUUCACAACCCCAACUUCUUUGUUGUUUCACAAGUUGCUGGUUGGACUGAGAACAAAGACAACACAUGGAAAAGGAGAUCUUGGCUGGUUAAUUCCUUGUCCCUUAGCGCUGGCAGUACCAGAGUUCCAAAAGUUGGCCAUAUCUCCCAGGGGCUAUAUUGCUGUGAGACAAUGUCCAAUGGGAUACUUGGGUACCGAGAUUAUUGAGACCUUUAAGGUUUCCGUUGGGUUCCUCUGUGUGUUGUUCAAAAAACUAUUGAAUGGAUUGCCAUGAAAUGGCAUUUAAUGGACCCAGUUUGAAUUUUGUGAUCCAUGACCAUUGUUUAACGGUUUUAUGAUGGCAUUUGUCAUUUGUAGUCAAAAAUCAUCUCAAUUGUUUUACCAAUUUAACUGAAACUUGUUGCAGACAUUCAUGCCCCCUGAGGAUGAUUUGUGAUCAAAAUCUUGAUCACUUUAUCGCACCAUCAGGCCAAAGUGUUAGUCCCUUCAAAACUUACCUUUUUAUUGAGCCUCUGUAGCAUUUUGUGUCAGGUACUUUACUUACAUUAAGCAUUUGAUUGAUGAAGUAAGCACUUUUCAUGCACUUUAUUUAAAAACACUUGUGUACACUAAUAUUAACAUGUGACAUCAGUCACUUUUCUCAGUGUUUUUAAUUUGAGCACAAGCUUAAAUCAUACCUCCAUGUGACAUAAUGGCUAUGUACA